AUGCUGUUGCCUGCGCAGCCUCUGGCGGCGGUAGCCCUGGUCCUCACUGCGGUGGCUAUAGGGGCACAGCUGUACUCGGCGGGGGAGUGGCCGCCCAGCCCCUCAGCCCUUCACGAGCUCAACCACAAGGGCAAUGCCAGCACCCGCUUCAUGGACAAGACUGCGCGCUUCGUGUCGCGCGUCGCAGACAUCGCCGGCGACUACGUGAUACUGGAGCGGGCGCUGCCCAUCAGCAUCACUCUGGGCAUGGCACCAAAGCUCCUGCGCACGCACGGCUCGGUGUGGGAUGUGGGAGUGGAGGGGUUCACGAUGGAGUUCAAGUUCGAGCCCUAUGGCGGCCACCAUAUGGAGCAAGGCUGGAGCGGCGUGGAGCUCACCCGAGUUGAGGACUCCUGGGUGCGCGACAUGCGCUUCAUCAAUUGCGACAACGGGGUGCUGGUGGCGGGGUCGGACCGCGUGACGGUGCGGGGCUUUGAGGUGGCAGUGUCGCGGAACCGCGGCGGCGGGCCCGAGAACGGCGAGGGCCACUGGGGCGCGCGCGUGGGCACCUCCACUGACGUGCUGGUGUCGGACUGGGUGGUGCUACCGCGCUUCAUGCACAGCGUGGGCGCCGACACCCUCGCCCACUACUCCGUCUUUGAGAACGGGCGCACCCGCGACGGCGUGAUGGAGCUGCACAGGGCCCUGGCCGCCCAGAUACUAUUCACAGACAUCCACCUUGGCGUGGGGCGGGAGGGCCUCUACUCGGGCGGACCCCCCAUCUCUGGCCCCAACACCGGCGCCUGGACAGUGUUUUGGAACCUGCGCAGCAACAGUGGCGUGCACCCGCUGCCGGUUCACAACAAGGGGCUGCCGGGGGCGUGCACCUUUGGGCCCGACAUGAGCCUCAUAGGCAUGACCUUCAAAGCGAUGAAGGACAAGCAGGGCAGGCCCUACAAGCUCUGCCCCGACUGGUUCUACCAGCCCGGAGACAUCUCCCCACCCAACCUCUUCCGCGCACAGCUGCAGCGCCGGCGCUGGGCCGCCGCCGACGCCAGGGCGGCCCUUGCCGAGGCAGGCGCCGCAGAGGCGGCGGCCUCUGCCGCGCUGGCAGCCACCGAAGCCGAAGCAGCCGCGGAGACGGCGGCAGUGGCGGCGCAGGAGGCGGCCGAGGAGGCGGCCGCUCCCGGCCUGGCGCCGGGCGCGGCGGCGGCGUCUGCUGAAGCGCCAGGGCCUGAGCCAACGGCGUGGAGGGCGGCAGCAGCGGCGGCCUGGGACUCUGAUGAUUCAGAGGAAGAUGAGGUGGCGGUGGGGAAGGAGGAGGAGGAGGAGGAGUUUGACGCAGCCAGCACCGGCGACCAGCCAGUCGCGGCAGCGGAUGCCGGUGUGCAGGCGCAGCUCGCAGCAGGCGCGCUGAAUACCACAGCGGUGGCGGCGGCAGCGGCAGCGAGGCCAGCGCCGGCUGCCAGCACGCCUCCAGCUCCUGCUGCGGUGGCAAGAGCAGCGGCAGCGGCAGCAGGAGCGCAACCAGCAGCUGCUGCUUCCGCAGGCUCCACUGCAACAGCCAAGGCAGCAGCGAAGCUUGGAGGAGCCGCCCAUGCAGCAGCAGGCCGGCAGGCAGGACGAGGUGCAGCAGGCAGGCCUGGCGCAGGCGCCACGGCAGCGGCCGCAAGCGACGAGGCCGCCCGCAGCAGAGCUGGGGCCAGCGCGCAGGCAGCAGCAGCGGCCCAAGCGGCCAAAGUAGCCUCCGUCGCAACGGGAGAGGUGGCCCUGGUGGAGGGUGAGGGUGCUGCGACCAAGGAUGCGGCGGCUGAAGAUGCAGAGGAGUGA